AUCGUUCUCGAUGCAUAACCAAGAUUCUAUUGGAAGCAGCAACAUGUCAAUCAAGUUCAUUUUCGCUCUUUUGGCCGUGAUCGCCUACCAAGGCGUGUCAUGUUCACCGAUGCCAGAGGCUUCAGCUGAUGGUAUCAUGGAGCAGAUCCAGCAGGCUCUGCAGAAGCUUCGUGAGAUCCUUGAGAAGGCAUUGGCCAAUGCGCAGGUAGUGUUGCAAGAGACCAUCGAAAAGCUAAAGGAGGCGGCUUCUGAGAUUAUCGGCGAAGGUUUGGGAAAGAUCAUCGAGGCAAUUGCUAACGCCAAGUCGGAGAUUGAAAAGCUGGCCGAGGAGGCUGCGCAAGUUGGAGCUGAUAUUUCCGUUUGCCUCGAGAACGUCGAUGAAGAUUUGGAAGCAAUCCGUCAGAGGGUGUCCGAUCAGUUGAAGGACUGCGUUUCUGCUGCCGUCACCGAAGCGUCCAAUAUUGUCGAUAGCGCCAUCGCCGAUUUGCAGGAACAAGUUGGCAAUUUGAUCACCGAACUCGGAAACAGGGUUGCAGCCUGCGGCCAGGAGGAGAAACCUCUGCCCUGCCUGAUCCAAGCACUGAAGGACAUCGGUAAGCAGGCCGUCGAGUUGCCCAAGGUAAUCGCCGCGAAGGUCGUCGAAGUCGUCGGAGAGCUGCAGCAAGUCCAAGCCAAAUUGGCAGAGUGUCGUUCCACGGCCGCCAUCAACGCUGCAUCCGAGUCCGCUGCUGUGGUCGAAAAAGCUCGUGAAUGCAUCAAGAGCAAACUCCCACAAUAAUACUCUAAUCUGUUAAUAUUCCUAUUGCAAUAAAGAUAUAAAAAAUAUGAAAUAAAAAUAUAU